AUGUCUGGAGAAUAAAUUAACUAUUGUGAUAUUCAUCAAUCAGAAUUUGUCGCUAUAGAAAAUGGGGAAAAUGAAAUGGAAAAAAGAAGAUUAUGUCUAAAAUGUUUAGCAAAUGGACAUAAGAGGAAAGUUAUUCUCAUAAAAGAUUAGAUUAAAAAUGUCUAGGACAUAAAAUCACAAUUUAAUUCAGACAGACAAAAAUAAAUCAAAGGCAAUUUGUAAUAUAUAACAGAGUUGAUAGAAAAAAUUUCAUAGCUCAAAGAUUUCUAUAUUACUUAAAUAAAGAAAAUUGAUGAACUUGGGGAAAUUUGGAAACAGAAAAUUCAAAUUAUGGGGGAUUCUUCUAUAGAAUAGGUCAACAAACAGGAAGAAAAUAAUUAGGAAUAAUUUUUAUGUUUUGUUAAUUAAUUGUAAAAUAUUCAAAUUCAAGAAUUGUCUUAAAAUUAAAUUGAUAUUGAAAAUUAAUUAUUAUUGCUUAAAGAACCAGAAGUAUUAUAAGAUUGUAUUUAAAUUGUAAAAAAAGUUCAAUUUGACACUAAGAUAAUUAAUAUAGAAACUUAAGAAAAGGAUUAAAAGUUAAAAUUAAAUAUAUUCUGUGAAGAACAUAAAAAUUAGAGAGUUAUAUUAUUCGAUUUGGGGAAAGUGGAUACACAAUUGAAGCGUUUGGCUUGUUUAUAAUGUAUAGAUAAAAAAUCUUCAUAAAAUUAUUAAACAGUAAAUUUUGUUCAUUUAAAAUGGAAUAAAAUUAUAACAAAGCGGCAAGAAAACAUGGAAAGGAAUUUAAGAACAUUAGAUCUAAAAGUUAAUUCAAUAAAUAAAGACAUAUAUUCAAUUUAAGAAUCCAUAAAGUAAUCCUUUGAGUAAAAUCACUAGAAAUUAGACAUAAAUUAUAACUAAUAUAAAAAAGAUGUUGAGUAAAGUACAUGUCAAAUGAAAAUUAAAUGGUAAUAAUUAUCAAAAGAAGAAAUACUCAAAAUAGUAGAAGAGAUUAGUAAUACUGAAGAAGAAUAAAUAUAUAGAGAUCCACUAUUAUAAAAGUAUGUUAACUAAGAGGAAUUAGUAAACUAAAUUAUCAAAGAAAAUCUUUUGUAUUUAUAAGCAUGUUAGUUGGCUCAAAUUAGCAAAUUAAAUAACCCACUCUUAUAAAAUUAAAUAUUUGAUGAAAUUACAACACUGAUUUAAAAAACGAACUCAAAUUUGAAUAAUGUUUUCAGAACUGGAGUUAAUUCAACUUAGAUCCAAAAGGAAGUAUAAACAAAAGGCUAAAUUAAUAAUUAAAAUUUCACAUAUAAACUAAUGAGAGAAAGCUCAGUCAAAGAAGAGCAAUUAUGUCGUGCAAUGGCUUUUAAUAAGGAUUGUUCAAUAGUCUUGGUCGGAUGUAAUGAUUAAAUACAGGUAUAUGAAUUUAGAUAGGAAAGGCUAAAAAAAAAUAAAGAUCUCAAGGAACAUGGAGGUAAUGUUGUCGCUUUAAGUUUUAUGAAAAAGUCGAAUUAAUUUAUAUCUGGAAGCGAAGGAGAUGGAUUGAUUAUAAUUUGGUCGCUAAAUCCAAAUAAUGAAUGGUUGAUAUCGGAAAAGUUAAUAGAACACUCUGCAGGAAUAAGAUGUUUAAUAUUGAAUGACAACGAAGAUCUAAUUGUAUCAUGUGACCUUGAUGAUACAAUUUUUUUUUGGGUCAAAUAAUAAUAAUAAAAUUAAUGGAUUCUACAAUAAACAAUUAAUAAAUAAAGCGUAUGUGCAUUAAGUAUAAAUUAACAGUAGAAUAAAUUGAUCUUAUGUGGGUAGGAUGAUUAAAUAUUAAUAUUAGAAUUUUAAAAAUCAAAUAAAAUUUGGGUUGCAAAACAGAAGGUAUCAAAAAAAGGAAUUAGAAUUUGCUUCAUAGAGGAUAAUUUAUUCACAAUCUAAACAUAUUAAAAUGAGAUUUUGGAAGUGUAUGAAAUGAAGAAUAAAAGUAAAUUUACUAAAACUAAAGAUGUUUAAGUAUUGCGAGGUCAAUAAGAGGAAUGUCCUUUAUUCCCUUAAUAAUAUAUAAAGUCAAAAUGCUUGCUUGUUAGUAAGAAUUGCUAAUAUGUAAAUAUUAUUAAAAUCAAAGAAAAUGGAGAAUUUAUAACUUAACAAUCUAUAGAGUUUCAAAGCAGUAAGUUGUAUGGAUGUAUGAGUGAUGAUGCAUAGUAUCUUAUAACUUGGGAUAAUGUAUCAAAAGAAAUACAAAUUAGAAAACAUUAAGAAUUGUGA